AUGUGUGAUAAAAACUGUAACCCGAAGAAGCUACUUGUGUACACACUUGACUGCCUCCUUCUACAUCUUAGGAGCAACCAUCGAUCAUCAUCACUCUUUACUUUCUACUCGGGACAGCUCCACACACUCAUGUUUUUGCGAACUCUUCUUCUGGCAGCAGCAGCAGUAAUUACUGCUGCUGCUCUUGCUACUGUGUCAAGUCCCACUGAGGAGCUUUAUUCAUGUCUCAGGAAUGUCUUCACCCACGAUGAAGGUAUCGCCCUCCCUGGAGAGCCUUUCUACCGCACCUGGGCCAAGCGAUACAACCUCAAUAUCCCAGUGACUCCAGCAGCAGUGACAUUUCCAGAGUCAUCUCAACAGGUUGCUGCUGUCGUCAAAUGUGCAGCAGAGCAUAAAUUUCCAGUCCAGGCAAAGAGUGGAGGACACGGCUACGCCAAUCACUGUCUUGGUGGAACGGAUGGUGCUGUUGUCGUUGAUCUGAAGCACCUCCAACAAUUCUCUAUGAACCACACGAACUGGCAAGCCACUAUCGGGGCCGGAACAAUGCUCGGUGAUGUGACAAAGCAGCUACACAACGCUGGAGGACGAGCAAUGUCUCACGGAACAUGUCUCCAAGUUGGCUCCGGGGGUCAUUUCACAAUCGGAGGCUUGGGACCGACCUCACGACAGUUUGGCGCCUCGCUGGAUCAUGUGGUAGAAGCCGAAGUUGUUUUGGCCAAUUCAAGCAUAAUCCGAGCCUCCGAUAGCGAGAAUCAGGAUGUGUUCUGGGCCAUCAAGGGUGCAGCAUCUGGAUUUGGGAUUGUCACUGAAUUCAAGGUUCGGACCGAGCCGGAACCAACAACUGCGGUGCAGUACACUUACACCUUGAAAUUCGGCACUUGGAAGGAACGAGCUGAGGUUUUCAAACGAUGGCAAGCUCAUGUUUCGGCACCUGGCUUGACUCGGAAAUUGGCGUCAACCCUAACUGUGUUCGAGUACAGCGUGGCUAUCACCGGUACCUUUUUUGGUACCCAAGAGGAGUAUGAUGCCCUGGACAUGGACAGUCAGUUUCCAGGCACCAUUAGCAAUUCGAUUGUCAUACAAGGCUGGCUGGGGCUUGUUGCUCAUUGGGCCGAGAGUCUGGGAAUGGACUGGAGUGAUCGUAUUCCGACCUAUUUUUACGCCAAAUCCAGUGCAUGGACACCCGAGAACUUGAUGUCGUCCGAGACUGUCGACAAGCUUUUCGAAUUCCUUACCUAUGCUCCCAAGGGUACUCCGACAUGGUUCCUGUUAUUUGAUCUUCAGGGAGGUUACACGAGUGACAUUCCGGCUGAGGCGACCUCGUAUGCUCACCGCGAUGUCCUCAUUUGGUUGCAGUCAUACACGGUCAAUCCAUUGAGACCAAUUUCCCGAACACAAAUUGAGUUCCUAGAUCAAGUCAAUACACUGGUCACCGACAACGAGCGUCCCUACGCCGCCUAUCCUGGUUAUGUUGAUCCCUUCUUGGAGGAAGGGGCUGAAGCGUAUUGGGGGGCCAAUCUUCCCCGACUGCGGCGGAUAAAGGCAGAUAUUGACCCCGGAAACGUGUUUCAAAAUCCCCAGAGCCCAACGCCCGCUGAGGACUGA